GUCAUGGGUUACUUAUGGUUGAAUAACCAUGGUUGAGUAAUGGGCGUCACAGAUAGUGUUCAAAGUACGCCCGCUCACUAUAUCCAUUAUAAUAACAAAUGGGCUGACGGGGACAAAUCUAUAAAGUGAUUUAAAACAAGAACACUCGCUGUGUGUACAUAACUAGGUUACUGAAAAAAACGGCAGGCUCCGUACGCUGCGAGGACGCUUGGCACGUGCGAGUUAAGCGUGUUUCUUCAGGGUUGCAUUUUCAGUCUGUGUGUAAAUUGGUAAAUAGCGCCAUCAAGUGGCUUGUGUAAAGAUAGUUGUCCCAGACCAUAACCAGAACCAAUGUCCUAAAUAGUCAUAAUGUGAUUGUGCAGCUCCAGCUAAGCUAUUUGUUGCAAUUACAGUAGCUUGCAACAAAGUAUCUUGCUCAAUUUCACGUUUUUAUGAAUUUCAUCCAUUUCACCCGUCAUUAGGAAUGCAAUGAAGUUUCCAUGGAGACACAAUAACAAAACACCGCAUAGGAGACGAUCGAAGCAUUCAUUUAUUGCUGGUCAAAGAUAAACAAAACUGGCACAUUAUAAGUUUGGAAACCCUUGAUAAUUAUCGUAUUAUGAUUUUUACUACCUCGUCGUCGUCUUAGCAAUUCAUUUUGGUCUUGGGAUCUUGGGAUCAUGCCACAAAGUGUGGGGUCCCCAUCGGGUCGACUCUCUGGCAGCUCCCAGACACGUCGCUACCGUACCCGUUCCCUUACUUCUCAUGUGGACGAAAGUCUCUUUGGAACCCCUAAAAAGGACGCUGACAGGAGUCGGUCAGAACGCAUGCCAGGUCAGUCUCAUUCUGCUCAGAGGCAGAGCCAGAAGUCCCCAAAAGCCAACACAAUCCGCAUUAUCACCAAAGACCUCAUUCGUGACCUAAAAAUUCCUAGUGAAGAUCCCUCUGGGCUGUCCAUAAUACUUCCACCCACUGAGAUUGAGCGGAUUGCCUCUGCAUGUCGGGUACCGACAAAGGAGGAGAGAGAGGCCAUGAUGGAAGACUAUCGAAAGGAGAGGGAGGCAGCUCUGGAUGCCGCGGAAGAGAGGAAGGCCCUUAUCCGCCAGGCGGACCUGUCCCGUCAGAAGAACCAGGGCCUGACUGAGUUAGAGGCAGAGGCGCGGGAUAGGGCCCAGUACCUGCUGGAGAGAGCCAACGCCAUGAGGAUGGAGCAGGAGGACGAGGUCAAGAAGCUCAACGAGUUGAUUCUGGGUGCCCAGUGCCACGCGGUACGGGAUGCUCAGAUCCUGGAGAGGAAGCAGAUUCUGGGGGAGCUGCAGGAGGAAGAGAGGCGUCUGGACGCCAUGAUGGAGCUGGACCGCAGGCGGGCCCUGGAGGCCCAGGAGCAGAUCGACCAGAUCCGAAAGCAACAGAUGAUCCGGGGGAAACAGCUGAUUGUAAAUCAGAUUGAGGAGCGUCUGGAGGAAAAGAUGCUGCUUGACGAGAUGAGGGAACAGGAGGGCCAACAGAUGCUGGAGAACCUAGAGAGGAUGCAAAUAGAGGAACUUGAGGCUCUAGGAAAGAAGAAGGAGCAGCAGAUGAAGUUGCAGGUGGAGAUCAUGCAAAUCAACGAGGAGAACCUGCUGGCUAAGGAACGCAAGAAAGAGGAGGAGCAACUGGCAGACUUGAGAGCCAUGGAGUACACCCGCAAAAAAAUGGAGAGGGAGGCGGAGUAUGAGGCAGAGCAGAGACGCAUCCAGAAGGAGAAGGAGAAGGAGGUGGCCAGGCUGAGAGCCCUGCAGGAGAGGGACAAAGACCACAAGGCCGAGCAGGAUGAGCUUCGGGCCCGGAGGAACCAGGAGGCCAUGGAGAGGGAGUGGAGGAAAAAAGAGAAGGUGCAGCUGAAGAAAAAGGACGAGGAAGAGGCCCGACUGAAAGCAGCUCGCUUGGAGCAGGUUGUGCACAAAGAACACCUGCUGUCCAUCGAAGCCGGACGGGAGAGGGCCGAGUUUGAGAGGGUGUUACGAGCUCAGCUGGAGUCCAUCGAGAAGGAGAAGGAGAAGGAGUCCAAGCACAGGCAGAAGGUCCUGCGUCACGCUGACGGCGUCCGUCAACAGGUGAGGGAGCGCGAGCAGCAGGCCAUCAGCCAGCGGCGGGAGUUCUUCAAGGAGGCUGACCGCCUGGACGAAGAGGCUCGCGAGCGACGCCUCCGCCUGAACGAGAUCAAGGACAAGAAGCUGAAGGAGCUGAAGGCUGCUGGUCUACCUGACAAAUACUGUAAUGAAGUGGAGCGGAAAGCCCAGACCCUGACUACUCUGGCUCACUAGCAGGGGCGUCGUUAGACCCUUUUUACUCUGUGACGUGUCCCAGUAUAAAUCUCCUGUUGCCCAGUAUAAAUGUCCUGUGCCCCGGUAUAAAUCUUGUGUGCCCCAGUAUAAAUCUCCUGUGCCCCAGUAUAAAUCUCCUGUUGCCCAGUAUAAAUCUCCUGUUGCCCAGUAUAAAUCUCCUGUUACCCAGUAUAAAUCUCCUGUGCCCCAGUAUAAAUCUCACGUUUGAGUUUUAACAAUUGACAUUGUCAGUGCCUUCAUUUAGAUUGAUAAUCACAGAGAAAAAAUAUGGAUCUAAAUGCAACGCAGUAACCCAAAUAAAGCUUGUAAAAGCAACACAGUUAACGGUAAACACAAAUGCCUGCACAGAAAUCCAUGUCAGCGCGCUUGUGUGCUUGAUAUCAUAGCCACUGCAUCGUGCAGAGUGGUACAGAUGUCGAUACGAAAGUGUACAGUUAUCAGGUAGGGGUUUGCGAUACUGCAAAAUUUGGUAUCGAUCUGAUACCAAGUAAAUACAGGGCCAGUAUUGCCUAUACCAAUACCAAUACUUUUUACUUAGAAAAGCA